UCUGUUCUACUAACAAAAUAAUCUUAAAAAAGCCUGAAAAAUACUUCCUUUUCUUUGCGCACACCAAACAUGUUUGUUCUCUUUUAUAAUCAUAGUAGCAUAACACUUCAUCCAAUUCCGCUAUUUACUUCCAGUCCAAAUCGUUUUAUCAUGUUAAUUCUUCCUUAAAGUGGGGUAUCAUGCAGUUCCAUUUCGUGAACUCCCACGAGGAUUUUUAAAAAUACAUUGUUCCCAUGCGCUUGCUCAAUUGUGAGAGGAAGUAAAUUAUAUUUUUUAAAAAUAUUCCCCUUCUAUUUUAUCCACGUCUGUACUUAACAAUGGAUGAAAUACACGUGUACCUGGCUUCACCGUGAGAUAAAGUCUAAAAAUAUGUAAACCCGAUGACAUCCAUCUGGUCAAGAUUUCCAAAUAAAAAGAGCUCAUUGACAAGGAAACUGGUGUAUUUGAAUGUUUCUACAGCGCAUUUACAGAAAAAAUGAUAUUAUAAGAGCCUCAUUUUAUAACAAAAUCAACGUCUUCCUUGAAAUGCGGCAGUUGCAAUGAACAGGCCUAGGCAGUGUGAUGACAACAUCUACGUAAAAGUUGUCAUCAUUGGCGACAGUGGUGUAGGAAAAACUUCCGUAGCUCAAAGAUUCGUCGAUGAUACAUUUUAUGAUUAUACUCCUGCCUCCGUGGGAGCAAGCUACUUCAUAAAGCAUCUGGAAAUUGAGGACAGGAAGGUAUAUUUUCAAAUAUGGGAUACGGCUGGUCAGGAAAAUUUUAGGGCGCUCGUUCCUAUGUAUCUCAGAAACGCAAAAAUCGCACUCCUAGUGUAUGAUAUUACCAAAAUGAUCUCGUUCCUGAAUUUAGAAGUAUGGCGUUCAGACCUUCUUCUAGCAGAGCCAGGAGUUACAGUAGCGGUUAUUGGUAAUAAGUCGGAUCUCAAGGACGACAGACAAGUUGAAGUCAGGAAAGGCCAGGAUUAUGCUAAUAAACAUGGUAUGCUGUUCACUGAAACAUCUGCUAAAAGGGGGACAAAUGUAGAAGAAAUAUUUUUUGAAUUAGGAUCCCAAAUUGUUCAGCAGAAUAUAAAGGAGCAAAAUAUCAAAACUGUACAACUUGGAUUAAGUGGUGAAAGAGAGAAAAAACUAAAGGAUUGUUGUAAUUAAAAAAAAACAACAAACACAACCCCUUUUUUGUACAGUAAUGCACACUUAUAGCGAAAAUCCUUACAAUGAAUUGAUUCUCACAGGAAAGUGUU